AUGGCCGCUAUUACCGCUGUUACAGGCUUCGUCUCUACAAUUGCGACAACGAGCGAGUCUGCGUGGCUACCGAACUUGCCUUGCGCCACCCAGACGUUUCCAUGGAAUGAGCUCGAUUUGGAGACACAAUUGACACUUAUCUCGCGGCAGUGGCUCUUACAAAGAACACAUGUACCCAAUACAUCAUGCCAGCGCUGCUGUAUCAUUUCUCACAAGCCUUUGACGAUACCCGAUCCUACGCCGAAACGAUCGAAGCGAUUACCUGCGCCAUGCGAUACGGAGGCCACCGAGUAUGAUGAUAUAGCCAGCUUGGCCUUCGUAGAGGAAUAUGCGCAGCGGCGUCUCCCCAAACCAUCUGAGGAAGAGGGUUGUCCCCCAAUACCCCCCACUUCGUCGCAAACACGACGCCGGCGAGAAGAUACUCUGUUCAAUCCAUUAAUUCCCGACUUUUACUGUGAUUUCUCAUCUGAGGAAGGAUUUGUUCAGCAUGCUAAGAAGAAAACGAAAGGGAAAGGCGCUGCUCCACCUCCACCACCACCCCCCCCACCUCCACCUCAGCCGGAAAAGAACGACGAUGGUGGGGCUGGCGGUGGUGGCGAACCGAAUGGCGAAGCAGGAGGUGCUGGAGCAGGCAAAGGGGGUGGAGACGACAAAAAGGAUGAAAAAAAGGACGACAAGGGCGAUCCUAGCCUGGACGACGACGCCGGUUGGGGGGCCUUCACAAGUGCGGGAAAGAAAAAGAAAGGCAAAAAGGAGGAGACCACCGAUCUGUUGGGAGGGGAAGCCAAGUUUGACGCCUUUGAUGAUAUCGGAUUGAAUGAUACUGGCCCAUCUCUGGGCCUCAACUUUGAGAGCAGUGCGACAGAUACCAAGGCCAAUACCGUUAGUACGUGGGGAUCCAGCUGGAAUGCCGGCACAUCGUGGGAUUGGUCUAGUACCAAAGCAGCUGACAAGACCGAAGUUAAAGAGGAGAAGAAGGAUGGCUUAGAUUCUAGUCCUUGGAGCAUUGACCGACCCAAACCAAAGAAAAAGGGUAAGACGACCUUCGGUUUCGGCAAUUUCGAUGAGGCAGAAGAACCAAAGACCGAGGAGCCCUUGAUUUCCGAAGAGAAGAAAGACGAUGACUUCGGCUUUGGAUUCGCCACUGCAAAGAAGGACAGCAAAAAGAAGAAGAAGACCAAUAUCUGGGACGAACCCGAGACGACCGACCCACCCGCUGAAACCCAGGACACUGGCUCUACUGCUAUUGAUGAUGGUUGGGGUUGGGGUUCUGCAGCUAAGAAGGCGGCGAAGAAAGGCGCGGGUACAUUGCUGGACUCGGUCCCUGAGCCUGAGAAGACAGAACCGGUCGAUGAUUUCUGGGGGUCUAUAGGGGCCAAGAAGAAGAAGAAAAACGACAUUCUGGAUCUGGAUUCUUCUGCCCUUGACCCUGUACCUGCUGCUGCCCCUGCCCCUCCACAAAAUGAAUGGGGAGGUGACGUGUGGGGUACGACGACUACGACUACAAAGGAUAAGAAAAAGAAAAAGGGCGCACUUGAAGAAAUUAAGAAGUCUGAUGAAUCAGAAGAUACAUUCUGGGGUAGCAGCAAUAGCAAGAAGAACGGUAAAAGCAAGAUUGCUGAGCCUGAGCCUACUAAGCAUGCAGAGGAUGAUAUAUUCACUUCCCUCACAGCUCCUAAGAAAGAUAAGGGAGCGAAGAAAAAGAAAAAGGGAUUACUGGAGGAGGAACCUGUCAAAGAGCCGGAGCCCAUACCGGAACCAGUAGCUGAGUUUCAACCUGAACCUGAACCGGAGCUAGAACCGGAGCCCGAGCCCGAGCCUCUCCCGCCGCCACCUAUGCGUGAAGAGCCGAGCAGCGCUUGGAGUUUCUGGGGUGCUACUAAGAAAACAAUAAAAAAGGCAGCAGACCCAACCCCGGCAACCGAAGGUAGUGGUGAGGGUUGGCUCAAUUGGGGUGCUAAGAAACUGGUAAAAAAUGGUAAGAUGUCGACAACAUCCCUAGAUGAACUAAACCAGGAAUCGGGCCUCGAACCGGUAACACCUGGGGCCCUUGCACCCGGCGAAACUGGUAGUGGUGACCAAUUCCAGGACAAAUUUGGCACUAGCAGAUUUAAGAAAAUUAAUGCUGACGGCAACAUCAUUCCAGCCACGAUUGAGAAACCCGUUGAAGAACCCAAGAAUGACGAUGAAAGUUGGGGAUGGGGUCUUUCGAGAAAGAUAUCACCCCUGCCGGCACCACCGCCGGCACCCUCACCACCUCCUACUUUUGAAGAGCCAAAUAUCUGGGACGAGCCGCAUGUUGAACCCGAACCAGAUCCUGCUGCCAUUGCAUUGGCUGCUGAGAUCGCCGCUGAAGAGCGAGAACUUUCUGAACUAACUACGAAGAGUCUAAAGAAGAAACUUCUCAAGAAGGAUCAGAGGCGAUUUGAUGAGCUAACGAAGAAUGCAGAGCGUCGAGCUGAAGAAGCCGCAGCCAAGGAAGCCGAAGAGAAACUGCGGUUAGAGGCGGAAGCCAACGCUGCUGCUGAUGCUCUCAAAGCCGAAGAAGAAGCUGCUGCUGCCGCUGAAGCGCUCAAGGCUGAAAUCGAGGCUGAGGAGGCAGAGCUCGAAGCUCUCACCGCAAAGUCCACGAAAAAGAAGAAAUUCACGAGAAAGGAUAAAGAGCGCAUGGAUGAGCUUAUUGAAAAGAAGAAUGCUCGCGCUGCUGCUGCUGCUGCUGAAGAAACUACUCCGCCGGCUGACGAUGGAGCUGCAGAAGCUGCGCUUGCAGCCGAGGAAGCUGCACGCGAAGCCGAAGAACAGGCAGCUAGAGAAGCUGAAGCAGCAGCAGCAGCGGACGCAGCAGAGGCAGAAGCUGCCGCAGCACGCGAAGCUGAGGCGCAGGCCACUCGAGAAGCCGAGGAAGAAGCUGCAGCUGAGGAAGCUGAAGCAGCAGCCCUUCAAACAAAGCUAAAAAAGAGAAAGAGGCUGACUCAAAAGGAUCAAGACCGGUUAGACGAGCUUACCGAGAAGAUCAAUGCUCGUGCUGCUGCUGCCGCUGCUGCUGAUACAGCGGUCAGUGAUGAAGCUGCUCAGGCCUUGGCGGAAGCCGAAAUGCAAGCAGCGAAGGAGGCGGAGGAGUUAGCCGCACGAGAAGCAGAGGAACAAGCUGCUCGUGAAGCUGAAGAAUUAGCUGCCCGCGAAGCCGAAGAAGCGGCUACCCGCGAAGCGGAGGAGCAGGCUGCUCGUGAAGCAGAAGAAGCUGCGCAAGCCGCGCGUGAGGCCGAAGAAGCAGCUGCUCGCGAAGCGGAGGAAGAGGCGGAAGCAGAAGAAUUUGAACUGCUUACAAAGAAAGCCAAAAAGGGGAAGUUGCUUAAAAAGGAACGGAGGCGCCUCGAAGAACUUGAAGAAAAGAUCAAGGCUCGCGCAAGCGGAGAAAAUGGCGAUGAGGCUGCUGCUGAAGAGCAAGCUGCGCGCGAGGCUGAAGAACUAGCAGCACGUGAAGCUGAAGAACAGGCUAUCCGCGAAGCCGAGGAAUUAGCUGCGCGCGAGGCUGAAGAAGCUGCCGCUCGUGAAGCCGAGGAACAGGCCGCUCGUGAGGCGGAAGAAGAAGCUGCUGCUCGCAAAACGGAAGAAGAGGUGGAAGAAGAAGAAUUUGAAUUGCUUACAGAGAAAGCGCAAAAGACGAAGCUGCUCAAAAGGGAGCGGAGGCGCCUUGAAGAACUUACGGAAAAGAUCAACGCUCGCAAGGCCGCUGCUGAAGAGCAAGCUGCUCGUGAAGCCGAAGAAUUGGCAGCACGCGAAGCUGAAGAGGCUGCCGCCCGUGAAGCGGAGGAACGGGCAGCACGGGAAGCUGAGGAAGCUGCAGAGGAUGCAGAACUUGAGGAACUCCAGGCUGCUAAGGCGAGGAAAAAGAAGAAAUUCAAGGAUCAGGCUCGAUUAGACGAACUUCUCGAAAAGAUUAACGCUCGUAUUAGUGUUACUCCGAUCGCAGAAGACGACGAGGCUGCAGACGAUAUGUACGAUACGGACGAAGCAGAGCAAGCAGCCCGAGAAGCGCAAGAAGCCGAGGAAGCAGCUAUACGCGAGGCAGAGGAGCAGGCUGCGCGCGAAGCAGAAGAACAAGCCGCCCGAGAAGCAGAAGAAGCUGCACAAGCCGCACUCGAGGCUGAAGAACAGGCUGAACGUGAGCGACAGGAAGCCGAAGCUGCCGCUGCUGCCAAGAAAAAGUCGAAAAAGAGCUCAAAAUCUGAUGAAAAGGAGAAGAAAUCCAAAUCUAGCAGCAAAGAUAAGAAGAAGGAUGACGAAGACGAUCUCGACAAAGUGAAGGAGAAGAAAUCGAAGAAGAAGAAGGAUAUCGACGACGAUGAUCUUGAUUUUGACAACGUGAAGAGCUCCAAAGCCGACAAGAAAAAGUCCAAAUCCAAAUCCAGUAGUGAGGAAAAGAAGGACAACAAGGAUGAUGAAGACGAUUUCGAUCUUGACAAUGUGGACCUGACCAUGGAACAAGCUGAUGAGAUUCUUGCGGGCCUGGACCCCCCAAGGAAGCCCAAACCCACGGCGGCGGACCCUUUCUCCUUCUGGGGUGCCAAGCCAACCCCGAUCACCUCAGAUCCUGAACCAGUAAGCACCUUUUACCCCCCAAAAUCGGCAAUAACUGAGAUUACAAUUGCUGAGUCAACCAAGGUUCUGGAAGAUACCACACCAGAUGUACCCGCGUCAUCAUUUUCAAAGUUCGUCGAUGAUUGGAUGCCGAUGAAGAAAACCAAAGGAGGUAAAGUUGCUGAACAGCUUAAGAAAUUCGAGGCGGAACCAGAGGAUGAUUUAGAUGGCGACCUAAUUGACGUGGUCCCUGAAGCAACGCAGUCUGAUACGAAAGACAGCGACCUUCCUGGCAGUUUUCCCAUGACUGACGAAGACCAUGAACGUGAAGACGAAACAUUUCACGAUGCAGCUGAGGGCGAAGACGAGAGUGCAGAAAUGAUCGAUAUGGAGAUGGCAGAGCAAGACUCGAAGAGAAGCUUCCCAAAUGACGAUGCCGAUAUUCCUGUCGAUGAAGACGAAAUUGUUGAAAUUAUUGACCUCUCGCCACCAGUAGAAAAGAAAUCUAAGAAGAGUAAGAAGAGCAAAUCCAAGGACAAGGGCAAUGCUUUCCCUCCUGUACCUCCCCCUGUACCUCCCCCACCGCCUGCGGUACCGGAUGCGCCUCCAGCACCUCCCACGCCUCCAUCGCCCGCUGCUGAAUCCAGAUCCUCCAAGAAAGAGCGAGCCAAAAUCAAUCGUGAUGGUGGUGCGUCUUGGAGUGCGUGGGCGACAUCACCAGUCAAGGAAGAAAAAAGGCCAUCAAAGUCUAGAUCCGACGCCAGAAAGUCCAGGAAAGAGAGAGAGGAAAAGCUAUCUUCGAGAGGCUCAGCCUCUGAUAAAGCAGAGCAACAAGACAGGAGGGGUCCACCAAUUUCCAUGCCACGCAUGAGCAGCGUUUUCCAAAGCACUCCCCCUCUUUCACGCUCUAUGUCAACACGAGACAAAUACACGAGCAGAUCAAGCUCAAGACGCCAUUCUGUAGAAAUGAGUGGUGGGCUUGUGUCGCCACCUCCUGAAGAAAUGCCUGGGAUGUCCUCGAGGGCGGCGCGAACGCCAGGGGUGGACAGGAGUUACAGUAGGAGAACCUCAAGAACGCGCGCCGCUCCCGAAGAUGACGAUAUCGUCAUGGUUGAGACGCGCGAUUUUACGUCAAGCCCCGACAAGUCGGCGCGUAAACGAUCAAAGGUAGAACAAACAGUCAAAGGUAAAUUGAGUCUUGCUAACUUGAAACAGCCAAAGCCAAGCGAAGAUGUAUUCAUGGGUGAUACGGACGGUCACACUAACGCAACGCCGUUGCGACGAUCCAGCUCAAAUGCUAAAAAGGGCAUAUCUGGCCUGUUUGGUGGCCUCAUGUCUUCAAAUUCACGUUCUGAACCCCGCCCCGAACCCCGGCGUCGGGCUACAUAUCAUGCGCCGGAAGAGGAGGGGAGAUCCGAUAAGAGAGCGAGGCGCACACGGGGAAUGGAGCCAGAUAUGGAUGCUGAUCGCGAAGCCCGGCGUGCCGCUCGUCGAGCCAUGAAAGAACAAGAACAGGCUGAAGAUUCCCGGCGUGCGAAAGAUUCGCGGCGCGAGAGGCGUAGGCGUCAAGAAGAGGAGGACGAAGAUGCUCGUAGACAGGAAGAGCGAGAGGCCCGAAGAGCGGAGCGCAGGGCUGCACGAGAGCGUGAAGCCCAACGCCUUGCAAACGAGGAGGCCGAAGCGAGGGAAGCCGAGAGAGCAGAACGCCGCCGCCGCCGCAGGCUCGAAAAAGACGCCGCAGCUGCUGAGGAAGCAGAGGCAGAAGCACGUCGGGCUGCCCGGGCUGAAAGACGACGUAUGCGAUACGGGGAAGCGGGGUCAGAAGAAGACGAUGAACGGCGACGAAGACGCGAAGCCAGACGGGCCGCCGAGAAAGCCGGUCGCACCCGGUCUACGCCGAUGGGCGAUGACUAUGUGUAUCCUCGAGAGCGGUCCUCGAGACAUACAGACGACGAACGUGGUAAGAGAAGGACACCAACCUGGCCACAUUCUGGCACAAGUUCAUGGGUUAAAGAACAUUCAGACGCAGGUCCGCCCCCAGAGGACGGUCCAAUGACGGACGCCCCUCCGCCGACGGACGACGAAGAAGCCCGACGCGCCGCUCGACGCGCCGCCCGCCGGCGAGAGAGAGAAAGAUAUGGCGAAGCGAACCGCGAGUACGAAGAAGACCAGAAGCGAAGGCGCGUACGCCGCGACGAACGCGACCGCCGAGAACGACGGAUGGGCUCAGAUGGCAGCGGGGAGCAGCAAAGGGCACAACAACAGCAGCAAGCACAGCGCGAGCCGAUGUUCAUGGAUGCGACACCCCGGAGUAGUUGGUGGAGGAAACUCACGGGGUCGUAA